AUGAAGUUCACCACUACUCUUACCAUUUAUGCUACAUUAGUUGUGACAGCGUUAGCGCACAGAAGAGAAUAUUCUGCACGCUGCUCAACCGACUCGAUCCUACCAUGUAUAUGUCCUGCCGGUACAGAUUACUGGGAAUCUUCUACAUGGUCUGUAGUUGGAGCCAGUGCAAUCGAUGUUAAGGGUCUUAUCAUGGAUUAUUAUAAGUCCGCCUGGCUCGGAGUCGUACCUUAUGAAACCCGUGGCCCGGAGAACAAGCCUGGUGUUUCCAUUCGCACUUCCUACCUACCAACAAAAGUUGGCACUUAUAGUAUCUCAGAGAAGUUAACAGACCUCAAGAUCGACUCUCGCGGAGGAUUCAUUGAAAAAUUCGAGCAACUUGCCUCCACCGUUCCCGUGGCGUACAAUUCUGGCAAUGGCUCUUUCGGUGGAUACUGGGUCACUUUGGAGAGUACUUAUAUUUUCAAAUAUGAAACCGCAAUAAGAUGGAGCAUCUAUGCCUGUGAGACAGGACACGCGAGGAAUUUCGCUGUUUUUCAUGAAAAUGCAUUAAAGAAUGUAAGCAGUGUUUUGGCAGCGCAGGGCAAAAUUAAGGGCAUAAAUAUACAGCCGUAUUCCGUUCAGAACUUCUAA